CUGCUGCUCCCCCGCCGCUGCUCCUGAAGCUUUUCCAGAUGUCCCUGGUAGACUUGGGAAAGAAGCUUCUAGAAGCGGCACGAGCAGGUCAAGAUGAUGAAGUUUGCAUUUUGAUGGCAAAUGGAGCUCCUUUUACUGCAGACUGGCUGGGAACAUCUCCCCGUCAUCUUGCCGCACAGUACGGGCAUUACUCCACCACAGAGGUACUGCUUCGAGCUGGUGUAAGUAGGGAUGCCAGAACCAAAGAGGACCGAACACCAUUGCACAUGGCAGCUUCUGAGGGCCAUGCCAGCAUAGUUGAGGUUUUACUUAAGCAUGGUGCUGAUGUCAACGCCAAGGACAUGUUAAAGAUGACAGCUCUGCAUUGGGCAACAGAACAUAAUCAUCAAGAGGUGGUGGAACUGCUGAUCAAAUACGGUGCUGAUGUACACACACAAAGUAAAUUUUGUAAAACAGCAUUUGAUAUUUCAAUAGAUAAUGGAAAUGACGAUUUAGCAGAGAUAUUACAGAUUGCUAUGCAAAACCAAAUCAACACAAACCCAGAGAGUCCCGACACUGUGACAAUACAUGCUGCGACACCACAGUUUAUCAUUGGACCUGGAGGGGUGGUGAACCUAACAGAUGAAACUGGGGUAUCUGCUGUUCAGUUUGGAAACUCUUCUACAUCAGUAUUAGCCACGUUAGCUGCCUUAGCAUCUGCUCCGUUGUCCAAUUCUUCAGAAACUCCAAUAGUGGCCACAGAGGAAGUAGUUACUGCAGAAUCUGUGGAUGGUGCAAUUCAGCAAGUGGUCAGUUCAGGAGGUCAGCAAGUCAUCACUAUAGUUACAGAUGGAAUUCAGCUUGGGAAUCUGCACUCCAUUCCAACCAGUGGAAUAGGUCAGCCCAUCAUUGUGACCAUGCCAGAUGGACAGCAAGUAUUGACAGUACCAGCAACAGACAUUGCUGAAGAAACUGUUAUAAGUGAAGAACCACCAGUUAAGAGACAGUGUAUCGAAAUAAUUGAAAACCGGGUGGAAUCUGCGGAAAUAGAAGAAAGAGAAGCUCUUCAGAAACAGUUGGAUGAAGCAAACCGAGAAGCACAAAAGUACCGGCAGCAGCUUCUGAAGAAAAAGCAGGAAGCAGAGGCCUACAGACAGAAACUAGAAGCCAUGACUCGUCUUCAGACCAAUAAAGAAGCUGUUUAAUCAAAUGAACAUGUAGUUUGCUUGUGCUUUUGCUCAAGAAAGAAUGCGAUCUUGAACUGUACAGAGUAAGGGUACAGCCAUGGGAUACAGGACGGUGGAAGAGACUACAGAUUGGACUUAAGCCAUGAGCUCUGAAUUCUUGUAACAUAAGACUCUAGAAGUUGUGUAAUGUAUUUAAAACUGAAUUCUGUAAAUAGGUUUUUUUUUAACUGCUGGAAAUGAGUUGAUAAAGAUCGUUGAGAUCCAAAACACAAUAAGCCACUGAUAUAGUGAAUUCUUUGUGAUUUUUAAUACAGACUUAAUUUCCUAGAACAGUUUUAAGGGUGAUUGUUGUUGAUUAGACCAAAUGUCGUAUGAUAAUUAUGGUGGACUCAUGCUGGACUUGCUCUGGAAGG